AUGUCAAUAGUUCAUGUACCUAAUACGAGGGAUUACUGGGGAGAAGUUACUGGUACUCAUCUGAUCAAGACAACAAUGACAGUGAAUCAGUAUGAGCAAAUACGUAAGUUUCUUCACUUCAAUGACAACAGUGCAAUGAUACCCAGGGGUGAAAAAGGUCAUGAUAGACUCUUCAAGAUAAGACCCAUAAUAGAAUUGAUGAGAUCUCGGUUUCAAACAAUACCUGUUGAGGAGUGUGUUUCUGUUGAUGAACAGAUAUGUUCAACAAAGGCUAGAAGUUAUUUGAAACAAUACAUGCCAAACAAGCCUCAUAAGUAUGGAUACAAAUUAUUUGUUAUUAGUGGCAUAUCUGGUUAUGCCUACGAUUUUGAGAUUUUCACUGGAGAUGAAAAUGAACCAGAAAAAAGAGUGACUGGGGAGGAAGACUUGGGAGCAAGUGCAAAUGUUGUAGUUCGACUCAGUAGGAUACUACCAAGAAAUAUGAACCACAAACUGUACUGUGACAAUUAUUACACAAGUCUGCCACUGCUUGUAUGGUUACAUAAACAAGGAAUUUACUCACUUGGGACAGUCAGAAGAAACAGAGUGCCAGACUGCAAGCUCCCUUCAGAAGCUGAGCUGAAGAAAAUGGCACGAGGUGCAUCAGUAGAGCGCGUCGCAACAGUGGAUGGUGUCGACAUAUCAAGUGUAGUGUGGAAAGAUAACAAGAGUGUGAUGUUGCUUUCUACACUUGCUGGACAGCAGCCUAUUCAUGAAGCAGGGAGGUAUGACAAAAAAAACAAAGUCAAGAAUAACAAUACCUUGUCCACAAAUAAUUAA